GACGGCAUUUCUGAUGCCAUUUUUCACGCACUACGAGCUUUGUUUUCCGAAGAGGAUAAAAACAACGAUGCUACGAGUGCUAACAACACUUCUAGUGCAACUUCUAGUCAAGAUGCAGUCGCAGCUGAUGACGAAGAAGCCCUUUCGCGCCGCGAAAUGCAGGAGUUUGCUUCUGAGGUUCGUGCCUGGCUUGAAUCGCAUGAACUCUCAUUGGCUGAUUUUCUCAAUUCCAAAAUCUCAGCAGAACGAAAGCGCGUGAACAAGAUGCUCGGCGAAUUCUUGUAUGCAGAGAAAUUACGUGAUUAUACAAGUACACGAAGAUCUACAAGAAGUGGUCGCGCUAAUACUUUUCUACAACAUGAUCAACAGCCUCAAGCGCCUACUGCAGCAACUUCUGGUGUCCUAGAACAACAUGCACGCCUGCUUGGCACGUUCCUAGACAAAAUGCACAUCACCGGAGUAGUGCCUUCUAGAAGUCGUCCGUUCAUUGUGCAACUUCCUACACCAGCGCAUGUCGAAGCUCAAGCACCUAAUGAUCGGGGUCCGACUACGACAUGCGAAUCUUCUGGUGCUGAUCAACAACCUUCUAGUUCUACUACCUACUACAUGGACACAGGAGGAAGUCGUCUUCUCGCGGACCUUGAAGCAUCUUCUUCGAGUUUUUCUGGGGAACAGAUGUCCGUGUCCACCAGUAGCUCUAAUACAGCACCACCUUUCCUUCAGGUUCAGAAAGCAAACAGCACAUCUUCAUCUUCUACGUCUUCCAGGAUCAUGAACCCGCCUUCUACUGCAAACAAAGUGGUAACAAGGAUGCCUUCCGUAGGUGCAAAGUUGCAGACCAUGAGUGUCUAUUCUAGUCGCGAUUGGGCGCCAUCGUUUUUGCGAGCACGCCUGAUACGAGGCAUUGGAUACGCUGAUUCUAGAGUGAUCGACGAAAACGGUCUGCUUUUUAUGUAGAAGGAAAUAGUUAAAAAUAGUGGUCCCUUCCCAACCCCUGGAGUCGGUACAUUCAUUCAUUCAUUCAUUCAUUACUGCUUAGAGAAAUAGCACAAAUAGUGCUGCGGUUAGGUAAGAAGUGUAGGUGUACAAGACUCGUUUUCAUGACGACUCUGUUUUGUGUUCUCUAAAUGUACAUAUUGUUAAAGUCUUACAAAGAGCGGCUCUAAUCCCCGGUUCGAUCUGGCUCGUGGUAUGGUUGACGUUCAAAUUAAAGCGCCGAUGCUAGCUGCGUUCGAUCCCUUCUACGAGAGGUACCUGGCUAAAGGGAUUGAGAUCUACGACUUUUCUCACCAUACGGCGUGGGACUUUGACGCUCAAAACUUUGAACCAGGCUGUCGCAUGGGAUCUAUGAGGCUGUCUUGGAGAGAUGGAGGAAGAGGAUCUAUGAAUUGUGGUCGAGAUGGAGGAAGAGGAUCUAUAUUAAAUUGUGGUCGAGAUCCAGAUCAUGAUCAAUCCACGAUCCUUUGUGAUGAACCUGACGACGUAGAUAUGGGAUGUGAGCAGCAUGAGGAAGCUUUUGUCGAGGAGGACGACAUUGAUUUCGCUGGCGGAAGUGAUGACGAUGAAAGUGGAGAAACAACUACUCUCCUGUCAUUGUCAGCAGGCAUGGAGCAACUCGUCUCCGGAACAGCUACUCAUUCUUGCGCAGGUGAGCAGCCGCAAUCGUCUUUGUUGACUUCUAGUUGUACAAGCCGCGAGAACCUCCAGGAGGUGAAUAAAGUCAAGAACAUCACAACACCUACUGGUAGCACAACUUGUCCCCAUCGCCUUGACCACACUACCAGCAGCAUCAUCGCCACAGCCAACGCCAACUCACUAGAAGCGCAAAUCGAAGAUUCGAUUCUCUGUUCAUUUGGUUCACCGUUUUUGGUUCUACGCGAGGAUGAACGCCUUUGGAAGACACCUAAAAUCGAGAAACGCUUUGCAAGAUGGGCACUUUUGCUGGGUGCUUUGGUCAUGACGUCGGCUAAAGUGGUACCAACGUGGAAAUUGGCGAGAAAGAUAUUUGUGUAUUUUUAUGGCAAAAAAAGAUUUUUAUUGCGUCCUCGAUAGGAACAUAAUUGAACAAUUCACCCUUUUUUUUGGUCAUCGUGAGGACACAGAUGAUUGAAUCGUAGUACUACUCAAAGAAACAUGUAAAAAUAGAAAUACCUCCCUGACAACUCUUACAUCAGGAUGAUGUAAUAUAAACGAAGUGGAACUGCUUGAACUGCUUCUAACUUCAAGGACGUGGCUUAGUGCGCUUCUUCGAUCGCUUGGGAACGUUUUUGCAUCGCCAAGAGGAGAACAAUUGGGACGGAUCAACAGAUUGGAUGGUCAAAGCGGGUUCGAAAUUCAUUGAGGACGUAAAGGAAGAGCUAUGGAAUUUGGAGUUUCAUCCUGGAAUUUGGGGUUUCAUCCUGGAAUGGAGUUUGAUGUUCUCAUUUUGUCUCAAUAUGCCUGAGGAAGGGAAGGCUUCAUCUGUACUUUCCCACGGCCUGUGAUCAAGAUCACGCGAUUCAGCUAUAUCUGUGAUUCUGUCUAAUGUAGGCUGCAUCUGCUGCGAGUCUUACGAUAGACUCCUCAAAGGAAGUGACGCUGGAUGAUGCUGAUAGACGGCUCCGGCACUCGACUCAGCAGGAGAUCACAGCAGCAGAAUUAGCUAUGAUCAAGAGUUCUCCUCUAUCAUUUUGUAUUUUCCAGUUCUUCUUCGUUCUUUGCAAUUGCAAGCAAAUCAUGUUAGCUCAAUCUUACGCGCCUUCAUUUUCAUAAUCGAUGUACCUCUAAUCGUUACGCCCUUCUCUCGGAGUUGGAUCCACACCCAAGCGGUAUCUCCCACACGUCAAUUUACCCCUUCCUUCAACCGGUUGCAGUGUCUACGCUGAAAGCAAGACGAGACGGCCGCCUAUUGCAUCAAGCACUUCUUAUGAAUAAAGCAUCUAGAAGUAGAACAUGACGAAUUCUUCAGGGUCUUCGCCUUGUAAAAGUUAGUAUCAUGAUGUCGAUUCAUGUCAAUCGGAGCGACACCCUUCUAGUGCUAGUAAAGUAGUACUUAAGUACUUGCUUCCAGACCUCCUGGUGUCUUACAACAUUGCAUUUCUUCUAAACUCCGCAAGUACUACGAAGUUAUCGGACCCGCCGUAGAGGUUUUGAACACGUGGGCUGAGGUUGCUUCGACACUGGAGGAACGCAAAGUCGAUAAAGCCGCAUUCUCCAGAGCAGACUUAGAAAAUGUCUCGUUACCUGCUACGAUUGCUUUGUAGACCUAGCAGUAGCAUAAUUAGAUCUAGAUGAAACUAGGGGAUCACAUUUAGGUGUCGUGUGAGAAGAUGUGCCUGCUUGUUUUUCAGUUUCAUCUUUUGGUUGUCAAGCAUUGUUGACAAGGUACUUGCGCUGCCUUCUUACAUCAUCGAUGAAAAUAUUUAGCGACGAACCAUAGCUGAUUACAAACUUUGAAGCAGCGAGCUUCAAAUAUGUUCCACAUAAACAUAGUGUCGCCCUAUAUCUGCAGAUCGAAAUUAUAGCUGAUGUUGAGCUUUUUGAGAACAAAGCUUGCGAAAAUGAUUGGUAGCGGAUGACGAAUACUGACGUUCAAAACCAAUGAAGAUUCGCAUAAAUAUUUGACUUUUUGUUUCUACCAGAGCCAGCGCCAAGGGCGGGGUACUAGUGUGAGGACGAGGACACUACGAUUUGGAAGACCGACUUUGUGCCUGGCUCGCGAC